UAGGUUUAUUUUGACUUAAUAUUUGGAGAUUAAAAAAGCAGGUAGUCGUAGAAAAGUUUUUAUGUCAAUCAUAUACUAGAAAUCCCUAGAAACCAUUUGAAACUGAAAGUAAACAAAAAAUGAAAAAGUCAAUAACGCUCGAUAUCGAUCCAACAAUAAUGGAGAAAAACAUGAGGAUUGUUAAGGAAAAUUCUGUAGAAGAGGAAUUUAAUAAAAUGUUGGCAGAUGCGGUACCAACACAAAUUGUUAAACCAAGGCCAGGGUUUUGUGUAAAAACAUUUACUAAACCAGACAGCAAAAAAGUAUUUGUAAAUGUUUGUCUAACCGAGGCUAUUCCAUGCCCAAGGGAUAUAACUAAUGAGGAAUUAAUGCAAAUUUUAAAUUCGGAAGACCCAUCAAGCUACAGAGUACCGAUGAGUAUUGGAGAAGGACGCAUAGAACAAGAUAAAUCUGGGGCACCAGUUACUGUCUAUGAUGUUGCAGUCAAUCCAGACUUUUUUUCGAAAAUUGAAAAAGAUGAUCUCUUCCAAACAUUUUUCCUUACAGUUGUUUUUGAAGGUUUACAAGAUAAAUAUCAAUUUGAAUUGGAUAUGCAAAGAUUUACAAUACUUAAGAAUAGAAAAUCUAUUGGAACGCUACAGUCCCACAGAAUACAAAUUAGAGAUGUUAAAAAUUGUGAGCAGAAAACGAAACCUUUAAUUGAGGAAAUACAGAAGCCAGUAUUGAAAAAAACAGAAGUCUCUGCACCGAAGAAGAAACAGUUUAUUUAUAGACUAAGGAGAGAGCCUCCCACGGGAGAGAUAAAAUAUUUACUAGCAGAAUUCAUGAUCCCUGCAUCAGUUGACUUGAAAGAUUUAAAUUUAGAAAUUGGUGAAGAUAGAUUAGUGUUGGCUUCUAAGGACAAUUAUGAGUCUGUGGACUUCUUUUUACCAUGCAGCGUUGACCAGGAUAUUGUUGACGCAGAACUGAAUAGAAAUAAAGAUAUGCUGAGUGUGAAAAUGCCUAUUAUAAAUUAAUAUUAUAAUUUUUUUAAUUUAAUAAAUUUUGUAAGUACUCAUCUGAUUAAAGGUAGAAAAUAAAUAA